AUGUCGUUGGCGCCGGCGGGUUGGCUUCAAGCCGGGUGGAGACAGGAAUGGAGCACGGGCUCCGCAGAUGGACGGACAAGAUGUUGGGGAUCUGCGGGUGGAGAUUUUCUCUUUUGGUCUGGCGCUGGUUGGCAAUGUUUUUUCUCCCCCUUCUUCGGUGCUCUCUUCUCCUUCUUUGGGUGGGGGCUUGGUUGUUUUCGUGAGUUCGCUAUUGGUGCUUGGAGAACCCCUGGCAUUUCUCGAAGGGGCCCAUCGAAGGCGACCCCCAAAUUGUGUCCCAAAAUCCCAAUUGUUGGGGGGACCGACAUUUACCGCCCACGUCGACGUGGCUCGGCAAAGCUCCUCGGCGACGGCAUUGAUGUUGGUGGUGGGAGGCAAGGCCAGGGCCUAGCAAUUCCAGCUGCUAUCGGCUUGUCGAGGACCCCUUAUCGGGUUGGACCGGUGGCCCCUUGGCCUGGCGCUUGGCUUGGUUGGAAUUUGCAUGUUGAAUGGUGA